AUGGAGAGAGAUGAAUAUCAGCAACCUAACUCCCAUGGGAAGAAUACUUUUCUAUCGCGAAUAUUUGGUUUACAGUCGGAUGAAGUUAGCCCUUCUUUUAACAGCCAAGAGAUGAGCAAUUUCCCCAUACCGGACAUAGAAAGAGGUUCAUCUUUGUUACAUUCUUCAACUGGUAGCCAGGAAGAUCGGGACGAGAAUGAUUUACGUGUUCCUGAGUCCGACCAAGGCUCCAGCACGGAAGAAGAAGACGAAGAAGAGGAGGAUGUUCAAGCGUAUGCACCGCAGAUUACUGAUAAACUAGAGAGCAUCCACCAGUUAAGUGUUGGAACGAGUGAGAAGAAUGCAUUUGGAACGGAAGAGAAUGGUCUAGAGAGGCUCGCAGAGGGCUCCACUGAUGAUUCUGUGCCAAAAGUCGGACAGCUUUCGUCAGACGAAGAGGAUAAUGAGUUCAUAAAUAAUGAUGGAUUUGAGGAUGAUACUCCCCUCUUUCAAAAGGGCAACAUGCGAAAGUUCGACUCUAAAAAGAGCAAUUCUGUCGAAGAAAAUCAACGGCCUUUGUUCUUCAGGCAUAUCCUACAGAACAACUAUCCUCAGCGUAAUACUAAAAAGUUAUUCACCUCGUCGAAAACUUCUCACUACGAUAAGGGCAAGAAUUUGGAUAGUGCUUCUGGUAAUAUUAGCAGGAAUAAGAAGGAUAGUGCCAAGUAUUUUGGUGGUACCUCGCAAGCCCGGUUUGCUGGCUCGUCAUCAAAUCAUACAAAUCGGUUCACGAAGUUGUUCCCGCUGCGAAAGCCAAAUUUGUUAAACAACAUAUCUGUUUUGAAUAAUACCCCUGAAGAUAGAAUUAAUACCUUGAGUGUGAAAGAGCGGGCUCUUUGGAAGUGGGCAAACGUAGAAAACCUCGAUAUGUUUCUGCAAGAUGUUUACAAUUAUUAUUUGGGAAAUGGGUUCUAUUGCAUCAUACUGGAAAAAAUACUGAACAUAGGUACUUUGCUUUUCGUUGUUUUUAUUUCCACAUACAUGGGUCAUUGCAUUGAUUAUUCUAAAUUGCCGGCAAGUCAUCAGAUCUCAGACAUCAUUAUUGACAACUGUUAUUCCACUAAUAUAACAGGAUUUACAAAAUUUCUUCUUUGGAUGUUUUAUUUUUUUGUAAUUCUCAAGAUUGUCCAGCUAUACUUCGAUGUCCAAAAAUUAUUAGAAUUGCAAAACUUUUACAAGUACCUUUUAAACAUAUCGGAUGAUGAACUUCAAACUUUGCCCUGGCAAAAUGUAAUACAGCAGCUAAUGUAUCUAAAAGAUCAGAAUGCAAUGACGGCAAAUGUUGUCGAAGUUAAAGCUAAGAAUAGAAUUGAUGCGCAUGAUGUGGCCAAUAGGAUCAUGAGAAGAGAAAAUUACCUCAUAGCACUUUACAAUAGUGAUAUUCUGGAUCUGUCCUUGCCGAUACCAUUAUUUAGAACCAACGUUUUGACCAAAACAUUAGAAUGGAAUAUUAACUUAUGCGUCAUGGGUUUUGUGUUCAAUGAAUCUGGUUUUAUAAAGCAAAGUGUCUUAAAACCUUCUCAAAGAGAAUUUACAAGGGAAGAAUUGCAAAAAAGGUUUAUGUUAGCGGGAUUUCUUAAUAUUAUACUGGCACCAUUUCUGGUUACAUAUUUCGUUUUGCUUUAUUUUUUCAGAUAUUUCAAUGAGUACAAGACAUCGCCUGGCUCCAUUGGUGCUCGCCAAUAUACACCGAUUGCAGAAUGGAAAUUUCGUGAAUACAAUGAGCUUUACCAUAUUUUUAAGAAAAGAAUGAGCUUGAGCACGACAUUGGCCAACAAAUACGUCGAUCAAUUCCCGAAGGAAAAGACAAAUCUAUUUUUGAAGUUUGUUUCUUUUAUCAGUGGGUCAUUCGUGGCAAUUCUAGCUUUUCUUACCGUGUUUGAUCCAGAGAACUUUUUGAAUUUCGAAAUUACUUCAGAUAGGCCCGUCAUUUUUUACAUUACUAUAUUGGGUGCUAUAUGGUCCGUGAGUAGAAAUACAAUAACCCAAGAGUAUCAUGUUUUUGAUCCAGAAGAGACACUUAAGGAGCUGUAUGAAUAUACCCACUACCUGCCAAAAGAAUGGGAAGGACGAUAUCACAAAGAGGAAAUCAAAUUACAGUUCUGUAAAUUAUACAACUUGAGGAUUGUAAUUCUUCUGCGUGAGCUCACCAGUUUGAUGAUAACGCCGUUCGUGCUAUGGUUUUCAUUACCUUCUUCAGCUGGUAAAAUUGUUGAUUUCUUUAGAGAAAAUUCUGAAUAUGUGGAUGGAUUGGGCUACGUUUGUAAGUAUGCCAUGUUCAACGUGAAAGACCUUGGCAGUAAAGAUACUGGAAGAAGUGAAGAAAAUGACUUGACCAAGACGACGGCUAUGAAUGGAAACAAGACAUUCAACAGUAAGCGGAAGAGGAAAGUGACCACCGAAGACCAUGGCGAUAAAGAUAUGGCAAAUAAUAAAAUGUUACAAUCAUAUGUGUAUUUUAUGGACGAUUAUUCCAACAGUGAAAACUUGACCGGAAAAUACCAGUUGCCUAUUAAAAGGGCUUAUCAAAAUGCUGAAGGCGACUCCUCCCUCAAUAAUAAAUACUCCUGGAGGAAACAAUUCCAGCCAGGUCAAAAGCCAGAGAUAUUUAGGAUAGGUAGGCAUGCGUUGGGCCCCAACCACUAUAUUUCUCCUGCAAUAUACUCUACAAAGAAUCCCGAGAAGACUUGGAACAGUAAUAAUAAUAAUGAUAAUAAUAACAAUAAUGAUAGCGGUACCAAUGCCGCUGCUAGAAACGAUAUCAAUAAUAAUAACAAUAAUAAUGGACAUGAAUACAACCUCACAGAAUCAUUCCUGGAUUCGGGCGCAUUUCCUCAUUGUGAUGGAAUAAACCAGGAUAGUGUGCUAAACUCGCCUAAUAACGGUAAUGGCAUACUCAAUAGAGGUGGUGUUCUGGGACUUGUCAAAGAAUAUUAUAAGAAGUCUGAUGUUGGAAGAUGA